AUGGCCAAAUCUCUCAUCGAUAGGCACCCGCUUCAGUGGAUGCCGAGCCCUUCACGGGGCUUAUCAGCUUUGGUUCAUUUGGCUGGACUUUCGAGCUUUUUGUGGUCAUUCAAAUACAUCCACGAGAACCCCAACCAAGCCAAUCAAGCAUAUGGUUGGCAUUUUCAAUAUUUGACUGUGAUUGGCCUGUCGUUGUCAACACUCACUUUUGCGGUCGCAUUACUAGCGGAUAUUACCUCGUCCCGGCGACUAUUCCUGAUCAAAAACAUCCUAUCGAUAUGUAGUGCUCCCCUCGAGGUUGUUAUCAGUGUUUUGUACUGGGGUCUUCGCUUGAUUGAUGAGCGUUUGGUCGUUCCCGAAGACAUAUUUAUACCCCUUCAUGCCGACAUCAGCUUCCACGCAGCACCGUCGGUGGUGAUGUUGAUUGACCUGCUCCUCCUAUCCCCACCCUGGACAAUCACUGUACUCCCCGCACUAGGAUUGUCUAGCACUAUUGCCUUUGGCUACUGGUUCUGGAUUGAGCAAUGCUUUUCCCAGAACGGAUGGUACCCAUAUCCUAUCUUCGAAGCACUGCCCACACCAGGUCGUAUUGGCCUAUUUACUCUUAGUGCCGUUAUCAUGACACUGAGCACUAUUACUCUCAAGUGGCUCCACGGACGUGUCAAUGGAUUUGGCAACCCUAUGAAGCCAGAAUCCCGCCCAGGCGAUAUUAAGCGAAAGAACGGCCUGUAG